UUUAAUUUAGUCAUUACAUUGCAGUCUAGCAAUUUCGAUAUUUGACUUGAAAGCGUCAAAUUUGUGUUCAAAGGGGUUGUAAUAUAAGUAUACAAAUAUGUCUGUUGCAUAUGUUCCACCUUCAAAAGUGAGACCAUCUCCAUCGCCUGCACAAAUCCAAAAGAUGCUCGAUGAAAAUACUCAGCUGAUUCAGGCUAUUGUGGAUUAUCAAAAUAAAGGAAAAGCUGUUGAAUGUCAUCAGUAUCAACAGAUUCUCCAUCGAAAUUUGGUAUUCUUAGCUUCAAUUGCUGAUGCUGUUCCAGGCAUACUUCCUCCACCUCCUGCUCAACCACAUAUGCAUGGACCUGGGCAACAGAUGCCAUCAAAUAUAGACCCAUCUUCAUUUCAGAAUCAUCAAAAUCAACCAGGAAGUGGAAAUCAAAAUCAAGGUAUGACUUCUAGUCAAGGAGUGACUGGUAAUCAGUCACAUGGUUCUGGAGUGCCACCAAGUUUUAAUGCAGGACAACAACCUCCUGUUGGACAGCCCCAUCAAGCAAUGCCUUCUGGACCUCCAGUGAAUGCUAAUCAACCCCAUGGUCCUGUAUCUGGUGUAUCAUCUAAUUUUAACCCUGCUCCACAGACUUCCGUUGGCCCUUCUCGUAAGACCUAUCAAGCUAUGCCUACAAAUCAAAAUGUGAAUGGAAAUCAACCUCAUGGUCCUGGAAUUCCUCCAAACUUCAAUCAGCAACCUCAGCCUCCUGUUGGGCAGUCACAUCAAGCAAUGUCAUCUGGCCAGGGUGUUGGUUCAAAUCAAAAUCAUGGGCCUGGUGUUCCUCAAAACUUUAAUUCUGCCCCACAGCCUCCAGUUGGCCAUUCUCCGGGACCACAGCAGCAAUACCAACAACAGUCAGCAUAUCCUCCAAAUCAAGCUCAACCUCCUCAGCAGCCUUCUCAUACUCAGUAUAAUAGUAGCCCUUCUCCACAGAGUAAUUAUGCUCAAAAUCAUGCACCAUCUAAUUAUAACAGUUCGUCACCACAGAAUUAUCCUGCACCUGUAAGCCAGGCUCAAGGCUAUGGACCUAGUUCUUCUCCACAUCCUCAGACAGCUCAGCAGCAAGCUCCAUCACAGCAGCAGCAGCAACAACAGCAGCAGCAGCAGCAACAACAACAACAACAACAGCAGCAGCAACAGCAGUCAUCUCAACAGCAACAACAACAGCCACUACAAGCCCAGCAACAACAAUCUUCUCAUCAACCGCCACCAAACCAGCAACAGCAACAACAACCUUCUGUCCAAAAUUAUCCCAAUCAAUCUUCUAAUCAGUCUCAGAACAAUUUUAAUAUGCCUCCUACUUCAACUUCCCAGCCUCAAGUGUAUACUACUCAGUCAUCACAAACAUACAACCAGUCACAAUCAUAUGCUCAACCAUCUACAAAUCCUCCUUCUCAGUGGUACCAAAAUCAAAACACCCAAGCAUAUUCUUCAACUACUUCAACCCAAGCUAAUUAUUCUUCUGUACCCAUGUCUCAAAAUUAUAUGGGUCAUUCACAGAAUUUUUCCAGCUCUGCAAGUAAUUCUUAUGGAUCUCCUCCAACAACAACCCAGUCUAAUUAUGGCCCUCCACCCCAGUCCAACUAUAUCCAUCCAUCUACAGGAUCUAACCCUCAAGGAUCAACUCCACCACCAUCUUCAGCACCCCAGAGUCGUUUUUCUUCAAGCUAUGGUCAGGGUAAUUAUUCCCAUUAUAGACCUGCUUCUCAGCAGUCUGGUUUAGCUCAUCCCAACAUGAAUAGCCAAAUGGGACCCCCUACUGUACAUAGGCAAUCAGUGCCUAAUACUAAUACUCAGAAUUAUAGCUAUGAACAAAAUCAGGCUUAUUCUUCUUAUCAGUCUCAAUAAUUGUUUUAUAAUCAUUAUUGAGAAUUUUAAGGCUAUAGUUAAUGUAAUAUGUGGAUUUUUCUUUUCACAUGAAACUGCAAUUUUGACUUCAAGAAUACAAGAAAAAUCAUUUUUCUUUGGUGUUAAAUCUGUUGUUAAUUUUAUAUUUGAAUUGAAUUUGCAUAUAUAGAAGAUAUUUUGUAUUUUGCAGCCUUUCUAGUUAUAUACUGCACAUUCUGCUAUCUUUUAUGUUUUUCCCCCUUCAUAUACAUGUACAGAGUAAACUUUCUUGUAGCUCAGAAAUUAAAACAAAAUCACUUUUAAUAUAGUUUUGAAUUAUAAAGAACUAUUUAGUGUUAUUUCUUCUUAUUUUAGUUUAUAAUGUUUCUGAAUUUUAAUUCUAUUGUGUAUGCAAAAUUUCCAAUCUACAGUAGGAAGGGUUUCAAUACAUUUGCCUCAUGUUGAAGAAACUGAAUUUUUUUAUAAUCCAUAGAAUGCUGAAAUAGCAUUGAAAUGCUACUUGUGUAUAUUAAUCAUUAAAUACAGUAUUGGUAUAAACUACAUGCAUUUGGGUACUCUCUGUCACUGCUACAUACUAUACAUUAGCCUAAAAAUUAUGCAAUUUUAAGAUUCUGACUACAAAACUUGAUGGAAAUCAGUGUCCUUCUAGUUCAAUAGAAAUUGUAUAACUGUAUUGAAUUGCUGGUAAUUAACAGAAAUAUAUCUGAAAAGACAUAGCAUUUUAGUGCUAAGGGUAGAAAAUAAAUUUCAGCUAAAAAUAAAUAUUCCCCUUCCUUUCUACACAUACAACUGUUUGAAUUUCAAAUACUUUUUUCAGUAAUCAUAGUAUUAUUAUUUGUAUUUUAUUAGAUUUGAUGUAUUUUAAUCAAUAAAUAUGUAUGGUGCUUAAUCAUAUUGCAUAAGUUACAGUCUUGCUACUUAAGACUGCAUACAUGCAUAUUAGAAUCUCUAUAGUUGAUAUUAUUACGUGGCAAUAUAUUUGUUGAAAAAGUGUAUUUGUAGCUUAAUAUGUAGCAGAAAUAUGUUCAUUGUUGGGAAAAUGCAAAACUUGUAAAAGUUACAUAAUUUUUGUAUAAAAUAUAUAAACCAUAAAGGUUUCCUAUAAAUAAACUAUAUGCAUGUAUUAUAUUAUCCUAUAAUAAUUAUUAAUUAUCUUUAUUGUGUUUGUGUUUAUAUCCAGUAGUGAAAAUUUUUGUCUGUAGUUUUUUAAGUCAAAGCCUUAUACUUUUAAUAUAUAUAUAUUAAGAGUUUUUUUUUUCCUCCCCCCCCCCAAGAUCACCAUUAAAUGAGGUUGAAUAAUUUGUAAUGCUUUGUAGCUGGGUUAAUAUUUGUUUUUAAGAUUUGAUAAGUUUUUUCUGCAUGAUGUAGAAAUCAUGAUAAGGGUAGUAAUUUUAUCUCUUUCUCUGGUGCAUUCCCAUACACAAAAAAGUAGGAGGGGGAAAAAAAAAAGAAAAAGAAAAAGAAUCGUAGAAUUUUUACAGGACAUUUGAGUUGUCAUAGUCUAUUGUAGAAUUUCUGUUAUGAAGAUUCAGCACUAUCAAUUCAUAUUUGUGUUUUUGUUCUAUAUAUAAUGACUGACAUAUUAUUUAAUUUAUUCACACAAUGUUCAAUAUGUACAUUAAUUUCUGAUUUUGUUUUCAUUGUAUUUAAAAGUAUUUUGAUAAAUAAAAGCUGGCUUUUCUCAAUAUAAAAAAAAAAAAAAAAAAAGUAAGAAAGUUAAAAAUGAAAUUAGCCUGAAAAGAUAAAUUUUAGAAUAUAUAUUAAAAAUUUUUUGUAUUUUUAUUUCAGGAUCAUAUUAUAAAUAGUUCAGUAAAAUCAUGCAUUAUAGAGUGAACUUAAGUCAGUUUACAAUUUUUGUAAGUGUGACUCCACAGGGCAAAAUUCUGACAGAAACUCGCAAUUUUUUAUUAUAUAUGUUAAGAAUCUCCUAAUUUUUCAUAUAAUAAGGUUGGCAGCUAUGGCAUAAAAUUAAGAAGGUAGCCGAAUCAAAUGAAACUAGCUAAAAAGCAUUAAGUAAUAUUAAAAUUUAGAAUGAGGAAUUAAAAAAUUAAAGUACACUAAUAUUUUAACUAUGUUAAUAUUUUAUUACAUCAAUAUUUCUGAUUAAGAAAAUGAUGUUUUUAUACUUUUAUUAUAUAUACACAUAUUUUCUUUAUUUAGAAAAUCUUUAAUCCAGAAAUUAUUGCAAAAAUUAAAAAGUGUAAAACUUGUAAAUUUAUUUAACUUGUGCAGAUAAUUUUGUUUUUGUGAAAUGUUAUAAAAUCCCCUAAAAUUGUUGAAACUAAUCACAGAAACUUCUACUGUAAUAAAAUUACUACCUCAGUCAUGAUCAAUAACUCUGUUGACGAAAAGCAUUACUGAACUUUUUAAAAAUUUCCUGUGAAUAUAUGCACCUCUUCUGAAUAUUAUUUAACUUUGUUGUUUUAAUACCAGUUGUAGGUUUUCAAGGUCUCUUAUUUUCAAAAUAGUUUGCAAUUUUCUUUAUGGCUGAAAUAUUUUUUGUGAAAAAUAAUUGUCUGUGUUUUUUAAAAAUUUAAAAAUAUUGUCUUCUGUGUCUGUCUCAUUGUCACAGAUUAAUUAAUGUGAAUUAAAAAUAUAUAUUUGCUCAAUAUUUCUACUGAGUGUAAUUAAUAUUGUCAUAAAUGUUUUAGUAACCAUUGGGUGCUUUUAUCCACAUAGUUAAUGUUCACCAGUUCCAUCCUGCAUUUUGUUUUGAAGGUUAAAGAAGUUUCUUAUUCCAUAUCAAAAAACCCUUUUCUGUUGUAUAUAGAUAGUUUUCAUACUGCAUGCUGAAUUUUCGAUAGUUUUCAUACUGCAAGCCAAAUUUUUGGUGAUCAUGUAUGCAGUCUACCGCUUUUAGUUAGUUGCGUGUUUUUUAGAAGGUGGCACUAAAACUGACUUUUGUUCUAAUCACUUCUUUUCCCCAUUGUUUUUUCACACAUUCAAAUUUUAAAAAAAUCAUUUUUGUGUUACCAUGUAAGAAAUAACUAUCUAAAAGCGGUAAAUCACAUACUGCAUGAUUGUCAAAUUUUCUUAUAACGACUGUGUAUUUUAAAUACUCAUUCUGUAAUUUUAUGACUGUAUUCGUUUUGUUUGCAUAUAGAUGUUCGUUGCCUAUAAAUGUCGUAAUGUUUUAAUGGCUAUAUUUGGUAUUCGUAAUUUCAUGUCAGAGCAUUUUUAUGUAUUUCUUAUUUUAACAUAUUGUAACCAAUUUUUUUAAAAGUAAUGAAAUUCAGAUUUUAUUGAAUUGUACAGAUCCAUAUGAAAGUAGCAAACUCCAGUGUUGAUUGCAGAAUUUUACAUUUAUUUACAUUUUUGCAAAUAUUUGUUUUGCUUGGUGUUUAUAAAUAAGCAGAUGAGCAUCCCAAUUUUGAGAAGGAAUUUGUUUUCAUGAUUAACAAAAAUAAGGGAAAACUCAAGCAUUAAACGUAUGUUUUCUCAAAGAUCGAAAACUUCGUAUCAAGUGCUUAGAUCUUGUAAAUUUGAAACAAAAUGCAAACUUUAUAUGUAAGUUAGCUUAAGGAGCAGUGAAGCUCUCAAAGAGUAUCAGAUGUAUAUAAAUAAAAGUCUUACAAUUUUUUAAAAAACUUUUAUUGAUAUAAUGGUGUAGUCAAGAUAAACCAUGAAUUUGAAGGAAAAUUUUAAUUCAUGUUACGAGUAUAUGCAUAAUGGGUUUUAUUUAAUUUUUCUUGUGAAAAUUAGCAAUGUUGUUCUUUCAAGAAUCAUUUUAAUCAUUUGUGCUUUUAACUCAAGUUGUGUGUAAUAUUGGAAAUAAGAGAAUUGGAUUCAUUAUGUAAAAAUUUCCACUUUUUGGAAAAAUGUACUUUAAUUUAAUUGUAAAAUUCUUCUUUAAAAACUGAAUUAGUAAGCUCAGCUUGCUUGUUUGUUUUGAAACUGGAAAGAGAAAAAGACUGCUUUAUAUUGCUUAACAUGUGAUCACACAUAUUUUUAAGUAUUUGUAAAAGGUAUUUGUUGUAAUAUAUUUUUGGCUUGAUAAUAAAAUAUUUGAUUUCAAAAUAAAAUAUAUAUGUUUAGUAUUA